AUGAGCAAGUUGAAUUGGUUCAUUCCUUCUCGCCUUUCCGUUUCAUCUAGACCAUCAGCAAGUGACGCUUAUUCCGUUGGUUUAGUCAAAUAUCGUGAUGCAUACCCGUUUGGUGUCGAUCCAAGUUGGCGUGGAAGUCGUUCUGAGCUACCUUUCUUGAAUUCACUCAAGAUGAAGAUGUCUAUUUUGUUAGGGGUGGUGCAGAUGAACCUAGGAAUCGUACUAAGUUAUUUCAAUGCACGUUACUUUGGCAACUCACUUGAUAUUAAGUAUCAGUUUGUGCCACAGAUGAUCUUUCUUAACAGCCUUUUUGGAUAUCUUUCUCUUCUCAUCAUUAUCAAAUGGUGUACUGGUUCUCAAGCAGACCUGUACCACGUGAUGAUUUACACGUUCUUAAGUCCUUCUGAGGAUCUGCAUGAUAAUCAGCUAUUCUGGGGUCAGAGUGUAGUUCAGGUCAUAUUGUUAUUUUCAGCAGUUAUUGCUGUUCCCUGGAUGCUCUUCCCCAAACCUUUUAUUUUGAAGAGACUUCACACUGAGUUUACUGCAUCAUAUCUUCGGCCGUGGGCUUUGAGUUUGGCCCACUCAGAAUUAUCAACCGUUUUCUAUGAAAAAGUUCUCCUCCUUGCCUGGGGGUACGACAAUAUCGUCAUACGAUUGAUUGGUCUGGCAGUUUUUGCUUUCGCUACAGCUUUUAUACUACUAAUGAUGGAAAGUCUCCGUGCUUUCCUGCAUGCAUUGCGUCUCCAUUGGGUUGAAUUUCAGAACAAGUUCUACAAUGGCGAUGGCUACAAAUUUAGGCCAUUUUCCUUUGCUUUAUUAACUGACGAUGAAGACUACUAG